AUUGACACACUCUUCGACCACAACUCCAAACAGUGGCGAAUAUUCACCGAAAUUGUCACCAAAACGCCGGAACUCCUACUUCUGAACAGUCUGUUCGCCACCAAUGGAUAUCAAUUGAGGAUAGCCGGCGGUGCGGUUCGGGACCUAUUGUGUGGACAUCGACCCAAAGACAUCGAUUUGGCCACCGAUGCCACUCCGGAUCAGAUGAAUCACAUGAUCAGAAAUCGGCGCAACAUUUGGGUCUUAAAGACCUCUUCAGGUCACCGAAACGGAACAGUUAUGGCGCGAGUGAACGAUAAGCUUAACUACGAGAUAACAACACUUCAUAAGUGGUCCACAGAUGAGACGCCGGGAAAGCCUAUAUUUAUCACCGAUUGGCGCACAGACGCCGAGCACCGGGACCUCACUAUAAACGCCAUGUAUUUAUCAUUCGACGGCCGACUAUAUGACUACUUCGAUGGCCUCCAAGACUUACAGCACCGGCGGAUCCGAUUCGUAGACACCGCUGAGCGGCCUAUCCGUCAAAACGCGAUCACUAUUUUACGGUACUUCCGGUUCUACUGUGAGUUCGGUGGCGGACACCCACACGACCCGAGCAUACUGUCCACAAUCGGACAGUACUCUCACCACUUGUUACACACCAGUGAACAGAAUCUGUGGAAAGAGUUUAAGAAAAUACUGUCUCUCGAC